UGACAGACGAAGGAAGUUGAGCAAGAGCACAAAAUUCACCCACCGAAAAGUCGGGUUGGUUGCUUUAUUUCUCCUCGCCGCUUGGAAUUUAUCUGCUUCUUUUAAAGACGAAAACGUAGACCUUACUAUCCGCCUAGUUUCCUAGCUGUUUCCGCUAACAUUCACUGUUUCCGGUGCUAAUUUCCCUCGGUAGAUCUUUACCCGCCAAGAGAACUGGUUUUGACGUUGUGUACGUUGUGUACGUCGUAUAUUCCUAGUUUAACAUCUUCCUGUCUUGUUCGUUGUGGCUUAACGUCCGUAGUAAUCAUCAUGCAAGCUUCAGAUGCCGAGGUAGGGGUCCUGGUUAUUUUAUUGACUUUUUUCAUGUUGAUCUGUUGUUUGUUGGCGGGAGAUUCUAAAUUUGUACGUCUUUUCUUUUCAAAUUCUUGUUUGAUGAAGUGUCCCUUGUGCAUGGAACAGUUAGAAAUCGACGAUGUCAAUUUUUACCCAUGUACCUGUGGAUACCAGGUGAUGAAAUAAUUAAAUUAUUAUUUUUGUAGUGAGGUUAUGUACACAAAAUCAAAAUUAAGUUACAGUAAUCUACAAGCUAUGCAAUGACGUGAGAAAACAAUUCGAAUUUUUGGCGUGUAUUAAUCAUAUGUAUAAGUAUGUUCCUCAUUAACAACAGAAUUAAGAGGCCUGCUCUUAUUAAAGUUGUAGGAACUUAGAAAACGUUCCUGUCAUGAGUUUCAGUUCUGUGAUGUAAGCUUUUGUAGUUUACAAAGUACAUGUUAUGGCGGCAUAGUUUAAGCCUGCCUUUGAAAGGUGUUUAUCUGUAAGGGCUCUCCACUUUGACAUAGUUGAUUCUGAUUUGAAAUUCAGAAAAAUCUUUGAUUUGUGUGUAACGUGCAUUGAAAUAUUGUAAAAAUAAAAGCAAGAAUUGCACAAUUAAUUAUCAACCUUUUAAUAAGUGUAGUAUCUGAGUGGUUAAAUUUUUAGUUGACAUUAGGGCUGUCUGUUGCUCUGUUGUUGUGGAUUACUCGCUAGAAUGUCUGUAAGGGGUUGUGCUGGCCACUGUUCCAAGUCCUGAUCCUUCUGGAGACAAUCUGCCUUUCCUGUGUUCAAAUUUGGCGUGAUUUUAGAACACUCAGGACUCUCUGAUGUGAAGAGGUUAAUGUAGUGUUAUCGCUUGAAAUGAUAUCUGUGGGGAGUAAAUGUAUUGCCUAUAGGCAGGGUGAAUAGCACCGAAUAUGGCCUUACACUGGAACAUACUUUUUUGACAUUUUGCGUGCUGCGCGCUUGCGCUGGAACAAAAGAAUUAGUUAAUAAGGUUCAGGAUUGAAAGUUCUAGAUUUUUAGGAUUUUUAUAACUUUUUGUCAUUAAAUCAUAAUUUCAGGUUAAAGUAUUAUGAAUUAUAUCAUUGCUUUUUUAUAAUCUUAGCAAUAAUAGUUAUUCAAAUUUUCAAAACUUUCAAUUUUUAAAUUUGGUCUUAUUUUACUUGUGCAAUAUCUGUAAACUAGCCAUAUGGCUACGCAUACAUGUGUAUUUACCAGGUGAAAUAAAGUGUCUAUGUCUAUCUCUAUGUCUUUUUGACAAUGGAAUGAGUUAAAUGCGUAAUAAAAUGUGCAGUUUUAAUGUUGCUAUGGUGAAAACACUCUAAAUCUCCACCCAUCCUAAGCAUGGGCAGAAUACACUUAAGUCAACAAUUCUAUCAGUGUUUGGUUCUCUUAUUUUUGAAUGCUCUGAAACAAAUAAUAGCAAAGCCAAAGUAUUAACUCUAAUUGACUGACAUGUUUAUACUCAUACCUAAAUUCGCAGAUUUGCAGAUUUUGUUGGCAUCGCAUAAGAACAGAUGAAAAUGGACUGUGUCCUGCUUGUAGAAAGGUGUGUUUCCACCACUUUUAGCCUCUAUACAUAACAUGUACCUUCCCAUUUAUGUAUACUACAUUAUGGUUGCAUCUAUAACCAUACAGCAAAAACAAGUACAUGUAGUAUUAAUUACCAAUGUAACUCAUGGUUGGGCAGUGUAAUAACUGUCAUCUUUAGAAAGCUGUGUUUACACCACUUUAGGCUUCUACACAGUCAUCUGUAUGUGUGCAGUUGUAAUUAAACCGUUCCUAUACACAAACACUACAUUCUGGUUGCAGUCAUAACCAUAUAAAAAAACUAAAUAAUAUUAAUCUUGAACAUUUGUUGUUUCCUGGCACUAUUUCUUAAGGUGCUCGUAUGUUUUGAAUGUAGUUGGAAUUGUAAAGAGUGACCAUGUACAUUCAGAAAAGAUUAACUAAGCAGUACUCUUUAUUUUUACUGUUUAACGCAGUUCUCAGAGUUCCUUUGCACAGAUUGACUCUUUGUAAACCUGUUGAGUACCUCUGCCCUACCCCCUGCUUACUGUCUGCCCACCCCCCCUUUCAACUGCUCAUUUUUAGCAGACACAAUAACUUAAAUGGUGAAGUGAAACAUUCUCUGAGUUUUAUGAUUGUUGUUACAUUUUUCAGCCAUACAGUGAAGAUCCUGCAAUUUACACACCACUCUCUCAAGACGAGUAAGAUGCUCUUUUUUACUUUAUCAGUAUUAUUAUUGCUGUACAUGGUACAACUGUAGUUUUAAAGUUAAAUUGAUUAUGACGUAACAAACAAAAAGUGUAGUCUCUGAUCAGGUAGUUGCCUUUUACUGUUUGCCUAUCAGAGUGCUGUGAUGAAGCUUUUCGUGUUUAUAAAAACUGUCUAAAAAAAGUUACAUGUAUUUUCUUGUUUCAGAAUACAGAGAAUUCUAAAGGAAAGAAAACAGAAAGAUGUACAAAGAAAACAAAAAGUUACUGAAAACAGAAAGCACUUAGCAAAUGUGAGGUGAGAUGUUUGAUAGAUAUGUAUCAGUGGUUACUGUUUAUGCGAGAAGUGUAAGUGUUGCCAAAAUCCUUAUCUGCAGGUUGCUACUAUGCAUGCACAUCACUUAUGUAGUCAGCUUUGUUUGGACUUACAUUUAGGAUGAUUGGAAUGUGCAGAAGGCAGUGUUAUCAUGCGCUUUUGGACCUUCUAUCACUCAUAAUCUAAUUACAUGGUUUGACCAUCUAUCACAUGAAACGUACGCAAGGCACAGCGGAAGGGAUAAUAAAAUGUUUUUAUCUUUGAUCAUUGUUGCCCACACUCUGUAACCUUUGGUUAUUACUAGUUCAUGUAAAUGAAAAGGCAGGGAUUUGGCCUGCUAGAUGUACCCCCUCCCCCCAGUACACUGUGUAGGUGAUGUGAAGCAUUAUAGCAUACAUGCAUGUAACAUUUAUUGCAUCGCAUUAUUGUACUUGAAGUACCAGUUAAAUUUUUACGUCAGUAACAUACUAGUCUAUGCAGUCAACUCUCUCUAAGACGGACACCUAAGUGUCCGUCUUAGAGAGGUGUCAGUCUUAUAGAGAGUCAAAUAAAGGGAGUAAAGAAAGGCAGGGACCAACUCUAAGUGUCUGUUUUACAGAGGUGUCCGUUAAGAGAGAGUCGACUGUAUACCACAUUGGAAGUGUUGUAAAAUAUGUGUCACAAAGUUAUGCUGCCUAUUUUGUUAGAUCCUGUGGUAUGAUGUUUUCACUUUAAUAAUCCCUUACCCUUUGCUAUCAUCUGAAUGGCAACUGAUUGUUGUUGUUUAUUUUGUGGUAGGGUUGUACAGAAAAACUUGGUAUUUGUAGUUGGAUUAACUGAUAGUUGUUUAUUUUGUUGUAGGGUUCUACAGAAAAAGUUGGUAUUUGUAGUUGGAUUAACUGAUUGUUGUUUAUUUUGUUGGUAGGGUUCUACAGAAAAACUUGGUAUUUGUAGUUGGAUUAACUGAUUGUUGUUUAUUUUGUUGGUAGGGUUGUACAGAAAAACUUGGUAUUUGUAGUCGGAUUAACUCAAAGAUUAGCAGACCCAGAGGUGAGAAUAAUUCAAGUAAAGCCCCAAUUGAUUCUAGAUUGUUUAUUUUUGGUGAUUAUCAUAAAAGUUAGUGCAGGAGAUAAAAGUUGUGCACAGUCAAGUUUUAAAAAAGCAAAGAAAAGCAGAUAGACUGUUGUAUGUCAUGUAACUAUGGCACUUAAUUAGCUAUGACAUACAGUAACUACAAUCGACUCCCAAUAACUUGACAGUUCUAGGGAGAUAAAAAAAGCUUGAGUUAUUGGGAGUUCAAAAGCAAAUAACUGGGAAUAAGGAAAUGAGCAAAUGGAUGGCGGGGAGGGAAUGCAACUAUCAUGCACACCUUAUUUCAAGGGCAGCAAAAAACAAACACGGCAGUUCGCAAGCAAAUUAUUAUUCUUCGGGCGGUAGUACGGAGCUUUUAAAAACUUCUAUCCAUAGGUGGGAAGAAUGCCAAACUAUAUUUCCAUGGUGCAGAAUGAAUUCCAAAUUAUAUUCUAGGAAAAAAACAAGGUUUCCACAAUAAAAAGCCAAACUGAAAUGCACUUUGAGAAACAUAUUGUGCGACCAAAACAAGCUCGUCUGCGAAGUGAGACGCACUGACAAUCUCUCAAUUUUUGCCUGUACUUUAAAGCUGCUGGCCCAAAUUGCUUUAAUGUUUUCUGUAAAAUACUUCUGCAGUCAAAAUUUCAGCUAGAAUUAUUUCUUGAUCACCAAAACGGGUGAGCAAAAACGGUGAAAACAUUAGACCAGGGCACCAAGACAUCACAAAUCAGUGACAUCACUGUGACUACCCACCCAGUACUGUAAACUUCCAAUGAUAUUAUAAGCCCCCCCACUUAUAAGACCCCCCAUUUACAGGCCUAUCUACCUGUAAACAAAACAAUACACCAGUUAAAGGCCCCCCCCCCCCUGGAUAUCAGCUCCCUCUAGCUUGUAAUUAAAAUGAAUUUGACUUUUUACGACUUUUUGAAGCUUAAAAAAACAGUCUAAUUCAAAAAGUAUUUUGAUCAGCACUGCUACAGAUUUAUGUAUGCAGCUUGUUUCGAAAAACUUUUUUCAGUCCAGUUAUAAGCCCCACCUCCCCCCUAAAACUCCUUAUGAAGUUGUAUGAGCUGAGGGCUUAUAAUCAGAAGUUUAUGGUACAUAAAUAUAAAGCCAACUCGUGUUUCCGCCUUCCUUUGUGAUCCAUGCAUGUUCCAUGUGCAAUGUGGAUUAUUAACUUGCUUGCUUUACGAGGAAUUAUUUCCUACACUUCUCAACCCCUUUUGGCUUUUUUGUAGCUCUUAAAAAGACCAGAAUACUUUAGCAAGUUUGGCAAAAUACACAAGAUAGUUGUGAAUAAUAGCACAAACUAUGCUGGACCUCAGGUGAGUUAGUUCCACUCUGAAGCAUGUAAAUGUGAUCAGUUUCAAAUGUUGAAACCCCCCAAGUGUCCUUGUUUAGUAAAACAACUGAAUCUGUUUACGGAGAUCCAAAUUGUUUGGAUUUUCAUAUUAUGGAUUUUCAUUUACUGGUACAAAAGAUAAAAUAGAGUGGUUAAAAAUGUUAUUAACUUAGUAAAUUCAAAAUCGGGAAGUAGAGAUUGAGUCCUUAACUGUCUAGAUACACUUUGUACAAAUUAGCGUAAUAGUGCAUGGGAGUGUAGAGGAAAUAUUUAUACAUUAUUUUAAUGGUCAUUAUAAGCAAGUGGAAAAUGAUCAAUUUUAUUAUGGAAAAGUUGCUGACUGUUUAGUGUCAUGAAGGCUGGACAUACUUGUUAUUUUACAAUAACUGAGUGAAUCCUUGUGUGCUGUUUGGUCAAGAGCUAUGGUCUAUGAGAGUAUAGACCAUGGGAAUGACGUAACAUGUCAUGCAGUGCCAGUUGUUUUGUUUUUGGUUUUUCGUAAAAAAAUAAGUGUUUUUCUAAAAAACAAAUCAACCACAAUUUUCCAUGAUCUACACUUUUAUAGACCAUAGAAAUGACGCCAUAAAAUGUUCAAAACUUUGCAGUGAAACCACUCGCCUGUGGCUCGUGGUUCUACUUGAGUUUUGAACAUUUUAUGACGUCAUUUCUAUGGUCUAUAAGUUUGGAGAUCACGGAAGGUUGUGUUGGAUUUGUUAACUGUAGAAACCAACUAUCAUCAUCUUUGAAAUUAAUAAUACCUGAUACUUACUAAAUUUACAUGUAUGUGUACAGCUUGAAAAUUCUAAUUGGCUGUUUAUAACAUCUUUCCAGGGUCCAAGUGCAAGCGCGUAUAUUACUUAUGUCAAAGAGGAGGUAGGUUGUUGUUACUAAGAGGAUUUUGUGAUGACGUGAUUUAUUUUGCUGGUACGCAACUGUUAAAUUUAUGUACAGACAAACAAUUAGUCAUACAUGAACUUUAUUUUCACAUGAAUUUUACAGUAGCCAUGAAGACUAAUAUCUCUGUGUAAGAUUAGAAAAAGGUAACCAGCUUAUUUACAUUAGAAGUACAUUAUCUACUAAAAUAUUAUGCAUAUUAUACUACAUUGUUCAUUGAAAUAAUUAUUGUGAUAGGCUAAUGUUAUUCUUGAGAAGUUAUCAUUUUCAAGGAACGUUUAAAACUUCUUUUGAGCUUUCUAGUGUAGAACUAGCUUUUGAGGUUUAACAUAGUUCAAGGGACUGAUUAUUUUGCUUUUGUUGUUAACAGGAUGCAAUAAAGGCCAUCAUAGCAGUGUGUAAUACUCAUCUUGAUGGUCGAACACUCAAGUAAGAAAUAACAUUUCAUUAAAAAUUAUUUGAAUGUAGCUUUCCAAAGAAGUGAAAACAAAUGUGUAAGUCAUUUUCAUUUACCAAAACAUAGGUUUUUGAGAAUUAGGUAUCUGAACCAUUGCUAUAGGAUUGGUUUUUCAGUGUUUUAUGUUCAUACAUGGGUAGAUUUUGAAUCCAGUCAUUGUUUUUGUGACAUGGGAAUGCUUGAGCUGAGCUACCAUUAUGGCUUAUUAAUACUGACCAAUAAUUUGUCAAACUUUGUCUUUUAGCCUUAUGAUAAUAUUUUGUAAACUUGAUGUUUUGUGUUUACUCUGCAGGGCAUCACUAGGAACAACAAAAUACUGUAGUUACUUUCUCAGAAACAUACCCUGUCCUAAAACAGUAAGCAAUCUGUUUUUUUUUUAAUACCAUUCGUCUUCAAAUAAGAUUACAUUUAGAAAGAAGCAAACUAAAAGGAUUAAGGGGGUUUUUUAAACAAUGGCUCUGCUCUAAGAAAAAAUUUAGGAGGCCAUGCUCUGAACCUGUGAAAUGCAGGGUGCCCAGCAUCUGAUUUCUAUGCAAAAACUGAGAUUUCCUGGGUCUUGCUGCUAGAGCUCAACCCUGUUUUAUUAUUAUUAUUAUUAUUAUUAUUAUUAUUAUUAUUAUUAUUAUUAUUAUUAUAAUUUAUAAUUGUUAUUAGUAGUCUUUAGAUAGUCAUUUUACGACAAUUCUCUUUCGUACACAAGAAGAAUGUACAUAGGGUAUAUAUUUUAAUAUUUCAUAUUCUUGAAUCUGUAAAUAGUAAAAUUUAAUAAUUAUUAUAUUUAUCAUUGGGAUGAACAUAGAAAUUUUCUUUUUUUUUAGUUUAUAGACAGUUGUUUACAUUUGUAUCAUUAUUAUUAUCAUUAUCAUCAUCAUUAUUAUUAUCAUUAUUAUUAUUAUUAUUAUUAUUAUUAUCAUUAUCAUUAUUAUUAUCAUUAUUAUUAUUAUUAUUAUUAUUAUUAUCAUUAUCAUUAUCAUUAUUAUUAUUAUUAUUAUUAUUAUUAUUAUCAUUAUCAUUAUUAUCAUUAUUUUUUAUCAAAUAGGAAAUUUAUUUUCAAAAAUAAGGCAAAUAAAGAAACCUUACAAAUACAUUGAAACAGAACACAUCAUUAAGGAGGGGGACUUAUUCCAGGAGAGAGGGCCUAUUUAAUGGGUUUUCAUUAUUAUUGUAAAUAUUAAUUGUGCCUUAUAUAUUGUUUUUUAGGAUUGCAUGUAUCUUCAUGAGUUAGGUGAUGGAGCAGGAAGCUUCACAAAAGAUGACAUGCAAGCUGGGUUAGUGCUCUUUUCUCCGUCUUUUUUCUGCUCCAUACUUCAUUUAAAUUGUCAGCCUUUUUGGCCCUGGUAUCUUUGAAUGUUGUGUUUGCCAUUCAAAAUGUUUUAGUCGGACAUGUUUUCAACCUGAAAAUUGUUUUUGAUGUUCCUGCUUGAUCCCCACAUCCUGCAACUCUGUCUUGGCACUCUUGGACUAGAUCUGAUCAGAUCAUUACAGAAAUUACCCUGAGAAAAGCGUAUUGUCAAGCGUAAAAGUCAUUAUUUUUGUAAAAAGUUCUGUUUAACUUAAACCUUAAACAAACAUUAGCAAACAACGAAAUGUGCAAGUAAAAAUGCUGCAGCUUUGUCUCAGCAAAACCAAAAGAUAAAAGUCUAGAUGCUAUAAGAAUCCACAUGACAAUAGGCCAUUUGCAUGAUGGCGUCAUUUUACUACCAUGACCAGCAUCCUUUUUAUUUUUCCUUUCAUUUUAAAUUUGGUAAUCUCAGCGAGGAUAAAAUAACAAAAGUCCCAAUUUGCACAAGAAAGCAAAACCCUGAAGAAUUCUGGUCGUAGUAGUAAAGUCACGUCAUCAUGCAAAUGGCCUAUUCUUUUUUUUUUUUUUUUUUUUUUUUUUUUUUUUUUUUUUUUUUUUUUUUUUCACGUGACAAUUCUUGGACUUAUGUUGUCUUUUUUAGGAAACAUCAAGAAUAUGAACAACAGUUAAUUGCAUUUUAUUCAAAGAAAAUGUAAGUUUCAAAUUGAGUUAUUUAUAAUUAUUAUGUGGAUAUUUCUUGUAUUUGCUGAUAACAAAGGGGUGGAUAGCCAAAGAUUCUAUUAUUUAUUACAGUCUUUGUAAUAAAUCUUGACUUUCCACUGCUGUAAAACAGGAAGUCCAAGUGUUGUACUGGUACAUGUAUGGGCAUCCAACUGCACAACACAACUUAAAAAGAACAAGAUGUUUUGAACUGCAUGAGAAGAAAGCCAAUAAUUAUUAUUGAGAGUAGAGUACUGUACUCACCCUUUUCUUUUCUUUUUAUUUUCUUUUUACAGGGGCCUUAGUAAUGAUAAGGUAAGCCUACUUAAUAUUUUGUAAAAUGGUUAUCUUAGAUAUGGCGUGCUUUGUGACUUUCCAGCCACUAUAAAAUUGUACAAUUUAGAAUUGACAGUGUAAGGUGGAAAUUAAAAACAUCACUUGUGGAUAUGGCAAGCUUUAGCUGGAGAGUUUGUUAACCCAGAGCAGUAGCGUAGUUCUACCGACCCCACCUUUUCACUAACAUUUACUUUAUCAAAUGUUGCCUGCUGAUUAAACAUAUUAGCCUGUCAGGCACUUCUACUAGCUCCAGGCUAUCAAGCAGUGCUUUUUUUGGGCCCUGGUCAAAAGUGGCCUUUGUGUGUAAAGAAAACCUUUUGAAAACAGAUGAAUUAUGGAUGGUCUAGGGAAUGAAAGCAGGCAUUAACUUAAUAAAAAGCUUAAAAAAUAACAAAAUGUCUUUUCUGAUUUAUAACUUUGUAGUGUUAACCAAAAUGCUGAACUGCAAUGUAUUUCUUUAUACAUGUACCCCAACAACCUAUGAUUAGUUGGGAGUCUCACAGUGAAAUACCAUUGAACAUCCCUUAGGUAAUGAUUGUUAUUACUUCAGUAGGAACUACAAACUACAUGAAUAACAAUUCAUCCCUUUUUUAACACCACAUUUUUUUCUUUUGAAGGAUUCAAAAGAAUGUUGGCCUGUGGUAGACAGCAGUGAAAACAGAGUGUCACCAUGUUUACCACUAGGGGCAGCCUGGUAUGAUACUUUAAAUUUUGAAUAUCUAAAUCUGGAUUUCUUGGUAGAAUGCACUUUAAGUGAGACAUUAGACAGUCUGGAGGCAGCUCUGAGCUUUACUCAUCACACUUUUGUAGUAUUUCUUCUCCUUGCCUAGGUAUAGCUGCAAUAUUGAAUAUCACAAUCCUGAUUUAAGGCAAAAUAAAAUACUAAGCGCCAAUAUUAUUGUUCAAACAAUGGAUAGCGCUAUCCAUGAGAUAAAUCACAAUUUAAAGAAACCAAGCGUGUUAUAUAGAGAUUUAUCCACCUUUCAAAGAACUGGGGCCAAGUGACUAAAAUGGCCAUUUUUCUAAUUAUCAAAAUUCAUACUUGACUCUGAAGCUGAAGGGAAUUUUAUUAAACUUCAUACUUGGCUGGGAAGCUGAAAGGGAUUAAACAAAAGACAUGCUAUUGAGAUUUAGUGAUGAAUAAUACAUUUCUUCAGUUUUAUUCAAAACUGGCCUGUUGCUUUAUACAUGUACAUAGGCACUGACUCUGCAGUUUCCUCACUACCUUUCAGGGCUGGUAAAAAUGAAGAUGAUACAAAUCAACCUGUUGCAGAUGGUGGUGAUAGUUUAGUGCCGCAAUGUAAAGAAGACUGGGAACAGUCCUGGACACCUCCUACCGCCAUGCCUGAUCACACCUCUUCUGCUUCAAUAACACAUCAACAACCAACAGCUUUUCCUCAGACAUCACAAGCUAGCACAGGUAGCGAAUGCUUUUGAUUAAUAAACAGUAAAACUUGCCCUGUUUAGGUCACAAAUACAGAAAAUUAUAUUAUAGACUAAGCCAUCCCGGUAACCCCAUGACUUCUCAUUUGUUUGAUUAAGUCAAUAUUGGGCAAAAGCAAUUGUGGAGAAUUUGAUAAACAUUCACCCUUGUAGGAGACAAAAUUGCUUAUAACCAACUCAGGACUUUGCAACUCAUGGACUAUUUUACACCUUUUAUCUGUUGCAGCUAAUUUUUCGUUUCUAAUCAGUUAAUUUUUGUCUUUCCUAAAUGUUUCUUGAUAUAGUAAUGUAUGCUAAUAACUUUGAAACAAAGGAAAAAUGAAAAUGAACUGGUACAGAUCCAACUCCAGUGCAUUGGAUAAUAAUAUGUGAAAUAUUCUUCCCCUUAUUGUAGCAAAAUGUCUGGAACAGGACCUUAAUACAAAUUACAUUAUGUUAUCCUUGAGUCAUAACAAAUAAUAAUUUAUGUUCAUAGUCCUUUGACGUUGUGUCAUAUCAGGGUAAUACUGUUGCUGUAAUAAAGGUUUGUCCUUUUCAGAAAAGUUUUAAGCUUGCAUGCAUAGUAUUCCUUCGGUUUAAUGUUAUUUUAUUUGCCCCAGUUACACUGUAUUUUAUUUGCCAAAGGGUACUUAAAAUAGAUUGUAAGAAUAUUUAUUUGCUGUAUUAUCUUGCAGGGUGGGCAAAUACAGAAAGUGCUACUCGUGUCUUAGAGUAAGAGGCAUUUUUCUUUUUGUCAAAACUUUAAACUUACGAAAACAACAACAGAGAGUUUCCUUGUUAGUUUCUUUACAAAUCUUUUCACAUGAACUUUUCCUUUUUUUUUUUAAAAAUGACUUCCCAAAUGCAACAAUAAAAAAAUUAUACUAAUUAACAACAGUAGGGAGCUAGUUACACUAAUUACACUACAAACACUACUCAAUACCAAAAGAAGAAAAAGUAAAAUGGUAAAUAAGUGAAAGUGAAAAAAAUAAAAUAGUUUAAAAAAUCAAAGCUGUUUGUUUAACACAAUUUCUUUUAUAGCCUAUUGAAAUAAUAGUGACUUCAGAAGUGAGCAGGCAGCUUGAAUAUGAAUGUUAAUAUUAGAACUUGAGGAUAGAAGCCACAGAGGAAACUGUGCCAGCUACAAUUUCCAAGAUACAACUAACGUAGCCUGAGAAAACAGCCGACAUUUUUUAAUGCACCACUGCUUUCCACUCAAAAUGACCUGUUAGGAAGGAGCACAGAAAUUCAAUACUGAUGAUAUAUCACCUACCAGAUCUGGGUAGUGAAACGUCAUCAUUGUGGAAGUUCUGUGCUUUUUCCUCAACGUCAUUCACAGGGGAACCAGUGGUAGUGUGGUGAAAUGUCCACUGUUUUCACAGGCUGCAACUACCUUAAACUUGUGAAUCAAGUCUGAGAACAAAAUCCAUAAGCAGUUUCUUUCAAGGACCUUUCUUGCAGCUGUAUAACUUGUGAUCUUAAGUAAUCUUGAAUCUUACUAAAUUCUGAAGCUGAUUACAGACUGUCAGGGAGAUAUUUUGAAAUAAAUUAUUUGAACCAUCUCUUGAACCAUUAUUAAAUGGAUUGAAUUCUUUUUUUCCUGGCAGGACUUCCAGCCUGUUCACAGGAGAUAUCUGUGGUACCGGCUUAGGACUGGCCAAUCUACACUUGAAAGUUUAUGGAGAUGAUGAUUUAGGUAUGAGCUAAACUUAUGCUUGUUGAGAGUUCAUACAGGUCAUGGAAAACUUGGAAAGCGAUGAAAUUUAAGAAUUUCACAGUGAUUUUGUUACCUCUGCAUCCUGUGUCCCUGACGCAUAAAAAAUUCUCGAAGACACGAAAUAAUUAUUCAUGACAUCAUGAGGCAUGCCCCCUUUUGUAGGAUGCAAAGAAUAAUUGAACCAUUUGAAGAUCUUUGGUAGAACAUCCUGUUGUGUGAUUUCUCAGGCUGUUGUUUAAAGUUACAUAUUUUUUGUGCUUUAAAUAUUUAGAAGGACUAUAAUUAUAUAUAUCAGUUAACUGUAAUAAAGAGUUUUGGCAUCUGUCUCCAGAUUAACUGUCUGGUUACAUAAAGGCCUAAGUAUAACUCCUUUUUUUUUUAUCUGCGACUGAUUGGUUAUGGGCCGGGACUCGUGAUUUUUCACAAGAUGAGUACCAGGACUCACCAUAACUAUUUGUAACAAAAGCACUGAUCUCAUUUUCUAGACCUGGAAUUUAAUUGCAGGUCAUGUUUUUUGUACACUAAAUUGCAGCAGCCGAGUUUCUUCAAGUUUGAUUUCCCAUGACGUAUUCUGUGCCAGAGCUUCAUGUAGUCAAACAGGCUGCUCAGAAUUUAAAGUAGUUCUUUUUAGCAACAUAAUGACACUUGAAAUAAGAAAAUCACUCAGAAGGAGCAAUACAUAAAAUAAAUAUGAUAUAAUAAAAUAAUAAUCAAAACAUUUGCCUUUCCCAUUUUUAGGGUUUGACCCGUGGAAUGAGUGCAGUAAAGGUUUAGCAGAUCUCCUCCAAGAGGAAGAACAAACCACAAAACCUCAAUCAACACAACACAUUUCUACAGCUUCACAUACACACAGCUUCUUAUCUCCAUUUCCAAGAGAUGUAAGAAAUCUUACAAAUUUUGUUAAUUGCAAAGGCAAUGUUUCCUGUGUUUUCUCUGCAUUGCCUUUAAAGUAAAAUCAGACCACAUGGGUAUGGUUUUCCCUAUUCUUUACUUGAACGAAUGUGACUUUAUUGUUGUCUCAUCAUUUUUUUGUUAUAGCCUGAUGACAUUAGAAACUUGCAAGAUGGACUGAGGGCACUUCUUCCUAAUAUAAACAUUAAUUUUUCAGGUACUGUAAUAACAAGGAGAUACUGUGCCUGACAUUGUACAUCAUCUUUUGUAGCUGUGUUUGAUUUUUUCUUUUGCUCUAAUAUUAUUGCGUGGCAUUUCACAUGUGACCUACAGUCCUUGCAAAGAACACUGCCUUGGGCUUUUUCUGUGACAAUUUUUUUAUUUUGUUGUGCUGGAAGAUGAUUGGUGGCAAAAAAAAGAGUCUGUAUCUUUGUAAAACAAAAGAAACAGUGCCACCUUUUGCAUGCCUUACAUUGGAAAGACAUACAGAGCAACAACAGGUUCCUUACACCUCAGACACACCAAGAUUUUUUUCUUUGUCUAAUGUUAAAAAAUCUUUUCAAAAAUUUUGUUUUUCUCCUUCUUGUUUCAUCAUCUAGAUUCUCUCCUAUCACAACAACAAAAUUCCUGGCCUCCAACGUCAUCAUCAUCAUCAUCAUCAUCUUCUCUUGUGACAGAACCAAGCCGUACGAACUGGUCUUUCACAUCACAGCAAGCGUCAGCUGCUUUACAAGGUUGGUAUCCAACAAAACAUACAUCAGAACAUGCAGUUUACAAGUUAAUAGAAGGUCAAAAUGUCCAUGAUCAGAUUGCAUUUUGUGCAUUCUAUUCAUUUGUGGUAGAAGUCCAAACAAAGGUGGCUACAUAUGUGCUGUGAAUCAGUAAUAGCAGUAAUAGCAACCUGGGCCAAGUUGUUCAAAGCUGGGUUAAGAUAACCCAGGGUUAGUGCAAGAUUUGAAUUAAGAUUUGAAAGCUUAAAAAGCAUUUCAGUUUUAAUUUUUUCACGGUAAUGUGAUAUCACAUCUUUCUCCAUUAUUGACAGCCCUGUUUAGUGAGCUGAUGGAAAGGUUAAACCAGUUUUCACUACUAUUGGUGGUUAGGCCUAGUAAAAGCCUUUGUGACUAAAAUGAACUUGUUUCAUUUUGUAGUUCGCCCUCCUCCAGGAUUUGAAUGUAAAUCACCCUCUAGUCACAUGUCAUCUCUUGAUGAUCCCAGUAUUUUGUGGUCUAAAAGAUUUGAGCCAGGUCAGUAUCAAACGUUUUGAAUGAUAUAGGCACCUGUCCAAUGUCUCAAUUUAACAGUGGACUCAAAAUAGACCAAAAAAAUGCUUCUCUGAUUUUUACGCAUGGUGGGAAGGUUAAGAGGAAAAGGUUCACUCUUGCACCAUCUUCAUUUUGAAUAACUCUUAGGUUUGUCAAACCUGUAUUAAGUGGUCAGUACAGUAAGCCUUUUCUCAAGGGUGACCCCAUAAUACAGCUUUGACUGUGUAUUCAACACUGAGCUAGAAAAAUAGAUGACUUGGAGUGCUGGUGUAUAACUUCCAUCUAUUUACAGUUAUUAUUUAGUUCAUUCAUCAGCAGACUCAUUUUCUAGAGAUUUUUUAUUGUUUAUUCUCAUCAGGCAACCCAUCAAUUACAAGGUCUGUAUCUAAUGGCUUUCCUGGAAUGCAUCCCUUAACAAGACCAGAUCUUCACAGCGCCGCGGUACGUCAGUCCUUUUCUAUUGUUCAUGCCUAUUUUGUACCAAGCAUGUUUUAAGAAGCGACAAACCCUUGCCACAAGCCCUAGCCAAACAAAAAUUUUAUUUUUACUUCCAGAGACCAUAAUUUUUAUUUUGUCGGCGGAGGGGAGAGGAUGGAGGUUGGGGUUUCACUGUUCAGAGUAAGAUCCUGUAAAACCUGACUUGUGCCAUAUUCACACAAAGGCAGGGGUUAACCGUUGGUCAACCGUCCGAUAUAGGGAUGUACCCCUUAAAAGCAAGUUGACUGCAAAAAACCUCUACAACGAAUUGUAAAAUUAAAAAAAUCAGUGUCGCAUAUUUUACUCCAAGGAUUUGGGUCAAGUGUGAUUUCAUAUUUUUGUGAAAGUUUCGAUGAGUCUUGGAAUAGACCUUGCCUCAGUUGAAAAAUUAAGGCAAGGAAAAACGCGUAACAAAAAACAAGCCACUUGUCUUGCAACAUUGCUGCAGAAGGAGUUGAAUAACGGUGUUGCGCGUUUUACCACCCACAUCAACCUGUCUUGCAAUAAAUCAGGUUGUUGACAGGUUUGAACGUCGAUGGUAAAACACGCAACACCGCUUUUCAACUCGUUUUGCCCCAAAUUUGGCAAAACAAGUUGCACGUUUUCGUUUAGACUACGAGCAGUCUCUCUUUUCUGUAGUCCGUCGAGCAAAACGCGAGACACGCAAAUGGCCACGCGCGUCCGCCCUCGUUUCGCGCGUCGCGCGGCUUCGCCGCUCCCGCGCGCGUGCAUUGCUCUCACUAAAUCUGAAGAAAUUCGUUGCCCGUUUUACCGAAGUUUUAGAUGGCACUGUCGACCGAAUAAUUGACUCUCCAGUGAAUAAGUUGAAUGGAAAGUACUAUCUGUUGGAUACAGAUUCAUCCAGUGGAUGGUGCUAUCCAUCUUCUGUACAACUGAGGCCUGAAAAAUAAUAUUUUUUACAAGGUUUGAGCACUGUAAUUUUCAUUUUAAGCCAGUUUACAGUAUGUCGUGUUUGUUCUAGGCAGUCUCAUCAGGAGAGAGGAUAGAAGCACGAUUAAAUGGAGAUUCAUUGAUGAAUAUAAACUCUAAUACUAACGCUGGCUUGGAUAAAUUAAACAGAAGAAAAGACCGAAAAGAGCCCUCUACGGAAAAUAUAAAGAAUUCAAUCAUAGAAGGAAUUCACUCCAUGUCGUCUGUGACACAUAAUCCUGUUGAGCAGGUCCAGACGAGAGUCAGUGAAUUAUCUGUUAUUAACGUGAACGAUCCGGUUCAAUCGUGGUCAGACUAUGAUCUGACAACUAAAAACGCGGAUGGCAGAUUACAAGAGAGUAGAACAUUACGCCAGAGACGAGACGGAGAAACCGCCAGUAAGGACAUACAGCGGCAACAGCAGCAACCAGGGUAUUCAAAAGUUGGGAAGAAAGUAGUGCGACACAACAGGCUUGAUAAUAAAUCGAAUCCAAGGUGGUCUUAAAAACAUCUGAAGGCGAGUCCUACUGAAAAAGUGUUCAAAAACGAGGAAAAAAUCUAAGGGAAGGCUGUUCAGUUGAGAAGAAGGUGGCUCAAGUAUUCUUUGGUGGAUUUAAAACUGACAGUUCUAAGAGUGGUAUGUAUUUCCAGUCAACUUGAAGAACACACUUUAGCCGCCAUAGACUUAAGUGAAGAGAGUACAGCAAUGAUCAUGGAAAAGAAGUAAUGCGCUUAUCGUCGCUUUGGAGGACUCGUUUUUUUGAAAGGAUACUGAAGCAUUAAAUGAUUUAGUACCGUAUUUACUCGAUUAGAAGAAUGCGGCGUUUAUUCGAGAAUUAUAGAAAAACUCGGAACGACUUUGUAAACCUACACCAUCCUGACAACUACGAUUCUAUCUCAGCGAAAAAGCAAGACAUGGAAACUUUUACAUCUUUUUACAAAUAUUAAUUUACAAAUGACUUGCCGUAAUUGUUUUCAGUGAUUUAAGACAUGUGAUUUGGAGGUAAACGCCGUAGGGGAAACGCUAAAAAUUUACUAAACGCCUCGAUGUUUAAUCGAGUAAGUACGGUAUUUGUGAUAAUAAUAAUUAUAAAAAAAACUAAACUGCAAAAGACAGGCAACAUUUUAAAAUGGUCACAGAUAGUAAUUAAUCCAUUUUGUUUAUUUGCCGUGGGAGAACGUUCGAUAUUAAAAUACGGGCACUUUUCUCUCACGGAGAAAAACGGUAAAAAGCCAUAGCCAAAUCGCAGGUCACUGUCGUCAUUGUGAAUACAGUAUGCGUUUUUUGCAGAUUGCAUAACACCAAUCGUUACAAGCAUAUGAACUUGUUUUAUAGAGAAAAAGAAAUGGCUGUUUGCUGUUUUCUGACAAAAGCUGCUGACUUGUCUUGUGCCUCAAAUCUAGUGGACUUCGAUAGAGUUCUGCUCUCUUGUAAUAUGAGUUCUUUAAAAUAACAAUAGCAAUAAUAAACAGGAAC